CCUCAUCCACAUUGUGGAAAUCAUCUAAAUAUUCAGCCAUGACAUUGAAAAUCUUUUAGAUAACACAACAAACUCUACCCAGCUGGCACUCACGUUUCCACCAUGGAUGUAUUCCACUAUUCCAACGUUUUCCUCCGGCAACGCGUCACCUCAUUGAGCGACACUCUUACUAUAAUGUUGUCAGACAUUUAUAAUAACAAUCAGAGCUUGUCAUGUCAAAAUAAAGCACUUUUAGUGGACAUAAAUGACGGUGUCAGCUUGUCCCAAUAGCACCAUAUUGCAGCCCGUGUGCAGCUGCCCUCUACAUCGCUCUCCCUCAAUACUGGACCAAUUUCAGAAAUUGUUGUCGCUAUUUGUCAGUUAGACACAAAAACAUGGGAAAAAAGGGUCCAGGUUGAAAAAUACCAAAAGGUUACCAGGUAAGAAAAUUAUUUUUCCAAUAUCCUCGACAGAGGGAAACGUACUUAUUCAUAUAUUGUCACAUAUAGUGUGGCUGCAACAGGGAUGCUUGUUCUGUUGAUUUUCACUUUUGACAUUAUCCAGCCACAAAUCCUUAAAGGAAUAGUUCAUGCUGAGAGUAAGAUGAGAAAAUUUACAUAAAUCUCUUAUCUGUACAUUAAACAUAAAGCUACUGCCAGCAGGUGAUUAACUUAGCCUAGUUUAGCACAAAGACUAGAAGUGAGAGGAAACAGCUAGCCUGGCUCUGUCCAUAGGUGAAACAAAAUACACCUAUCAGCACGUCUGAAGCUAACUAAUUAAGAAGUUAUAACUUGUUUGUUUGAUCCGCACAAAAAACGAAAUGUAAAAAUGGCAAGUUAUGGUUUUAUAAGGAGUUACAUGCUGGAUUAUUUUUUGGCCAGGUGUAGUUUCUGGAAUCUCUUAAUUAGUGAGCUUUAAAGGUACUGGCAGGCAAAUUUUUUUAAUCAUUGGGCAGAACCAGGCUAGCUUCUAGUAUUGAUGCUAAGUUAACUGUCUCCUGGUAGUGAUAGUGAUCUUCUCAUCUAACUCAGGGCAAGAAAGCCAAUAAGCUUUUUUAUUUUUAAUGCACAAUUCAUGUCACUGCUACAUGAUAUAAUUUGAUUACUGAAUGUAAAUCUAAACUGAAGACCUCAUAAGUCUAGGCCAGUAGCCUUACGUAUGCUGUAUUGUAUGUAUGUUAUGUUGCCCUUAUAAAGACUUUUAUUUUAUUCAAGAGACUGUUAGUUCACAUGGACCGCAGCAGGGGAAAUGCCAAAAAAACAAAGGAUAUAUCUUACAUAAGUAGGCUUACAUGUAAAACCUUGGCUAAAACAUUCUGUAUCGUAGAAAGAUGGCAAUUUAAAGUGCAUUAAACUUAAAGGACUUUGUCAUACUGGUGUUUUUCUUCGGCUCUUGAAAUGUGCACAAGAAGUAUGUAGCCUAUUACAAAAAUGUAUUUUUCUAAACACUAUUUUUAUGUUGUUGACCAAUAAAAUUAUAUUUAAUUGUUAAUGUCAUUUCUUAGGUUGGAAUGUCUUACAGUUCUAACAUCCACAAUUUAAAAAAACAAAAAAAACAGAUUUUGACAAACAAUGGCAAUUGUUUGAUCAGAUCAGUGAUGCAGUGCGGUGAAAGUAAUAAUGUUGAAUUGACAAAAAAUGUAAAUUGUGUUGCUUGAUAUCUGAAAGAGGUCACUGCACAUGGCAUGUUUCCAAUUGUGUUGUGGGAUUAGAUAUUACUCGCUGGCUGUUGAGGAUUAAUAAGGCAAAGAAGAUUAGUCUAUUAUUAUGUGCACAUGAGGCACCAAUGAAAAAAUGUUAAAGUGCAAUAAAAACAAUGCUAACUACGUUGGAACACAUUAAUAUACACAUAAUAAUAAUUAAUUUAAAAGGGAAGUUGGAUUCGGUUAAAUAUGUAACAUUUUAUUUUAAAUUUAUAUAUUUUAUUUUUACAGUGCAAAUUGGUCAACACUACUGUAAAUGUGCCAAUGUUAGCCAUAUGGCUAAUUUUCAACUGUUGUCCCUUAGGUUGGAACGUAGCCUACAUUGUGUGCAAAGACACCAAGAACAGAAAAAGGUGGUUUGAAGUAGCCUAUCUGACAAAAUAACAAACAAAGCUAUUGAGGAAAACGGCAGAAACAGUUCAAUAAUGAGACAUUGUGCAAAGACGAAUAAGACUUAAGAAUUAACGUAAAAUUAGUUUGUGUCUCUGAUGACAAACGGGGCUUUAUUUUCCUCCUCUAUGUAAAAAUAUGGAUCUACUGGUCUCUUGACUGUUUCUUCUGGUGAAAUGUAUUUUUUUUUUUAAUAACAAAACAAAGAUGUGAUGUUACUUUAAAUUACACUCUGUGCACUUUUGCGACGGUCCCUACCUUCAGUGGGUCAUCUCCCCUGCUAUUGUCAAAUGCAGUAGCCUACAUAUCUGUUGUGGGGGGGGAAAACAACACCUGUGUAACAUCAGGAGAGAUUUAACUCUGCACAUUACAACAGAACUGUUGCCCACUGAUAGUCAUGGUGAGAGGUAUUGAGGAGGAGCAGCAACCUCGGCGACCGUGUGAAUAGCAUCCAGCCGGUGGGUCCACCUCCUCCAGCAGCAGCUGGUGCUGCCGCCGCCGGCUGCUGUGUCUCCAGUCAGAGAGGCAGAGAGGACCCGACCAUCUGAAGCGGAGAGUGGGGGUAGUCAGUCAGCUAAGCUGCUUACAGCCGGCCAGCAGGCCCACGGUUGAACGGUUGAACUGAUGCGAAGAAUGGACGGCUUCAUCACCGCGGCGGAACAUGGCUUAUAAGAAGAGGCGUUAUUCGGUACUGCUGCCAUCCACAUAACUGGACCCGACCUCCUGAAGAAGGAAUGUUCACCCUCACAGAAGUAGCCUCCCUGAAUGACAUUCAGCCGACCUAUCGAAUACUGAAACCAUGGUGGGAUGUCUUCAUGGAUUAUCUUGGUAUUGUCAUGUUGAUGUUGGCCAUAUUUUCUGGAACGAUGCAGCUAACUAAGGACCAAGUGGUUUGUCUUCCCAUUCUGGAACAAAAUCCCGAGGAGGCCGGGGGCUUCUCAGGACCCCGACCCCCGGAGACAGCUGACAGUUUAUGGAACAAAGAAAGCGCCAUUGGAGAGCAGGCCGCUCCUUUAAUGGCUAAAAGGCCUCCUGAUAGCAUCGCCCCUACAGUUCCCUUUACACAGUCGGGUACUUUUGGGCAGCCUCAGCCAACAGGUGUCAGGACCAGGCUGGAUUUUCAGCAGUAUGUUUUUGUCAACCAGAUGUGCUACCAUGUUGCCCUUCCUUGGUAUUCCAAAUAUUUCCCGUACCUCGCUCUAAUCCACACUAUUGUAUUAAUGGUCAGUAGCAACUUCUGGUUCAAGUACCCAAAGACAAGUUCCAAAAUAGAACAUUUUGUUUCCAUACUGGGGAAAUGUUUCGAAUCGCCUUGGACUACCAAAGCACUGUCCGAGACCGCCUGCGAGGACUCGGAGGAGAACAAGCAGAGACUGGCCUGUGCCUCCUCCCUCCUGAAGCAUAUGUCCAUGUGCAGCGAGGACGGGAGUCCAAACCAGUCCACCCCAAUGCUGACUAAAUCUGGCGUCACGUUUUCUGCUGAAAAGCUCGUGAGUGAAGUUCCCUCCAUGACCAUACUGGACAAGAAAGAUGGCGAGCAAGCAAAAGCCCUGUUUGAAAAAGUCCGGAAAUUUCGUGCCCAUGUGGAAGACAGUGACUUGAUUUACAGGCUGUAUGCCAUUCAGACAGUCAUCAAAACGGUCAAAUUCAUUUUGAUCCUGUGCUACACGAUGACGUUUGUCGCCUCUAUAGAUUUCGACCACGUGUGUGAGCCUGAUAUAAAGCAUUUGACUGGAUACAGCAAGUUCCAUUGUACCCACAACAUGGCAUUCAUGUUAAAGAAACUCCUCGUUAGUUAUAUUGCUCUCAUAUGCGUUUAUGGCAUAAUCUGCAUAUACACACUGUUCUGGCUUUUUCGGCGACCACUUAAGGAGUAUUCCUUUGAAAAAGUCAGAGAGGAGAGCAGCUUCAGUGACAUUCCAGAUGUUAAGAAUGACUUUGCGUUCCUCCUCCACAUGGUCGAUCAGUACGACCAGCUGUAUUCAAAGCGUUUUGGUGUCUUUCUCUCUGAGGUGAGCGAGAACAAACUUCGGGAGAUCAGCCUGAACCACGAGUGGACCUUUGAGAAGUUGCGGCAGCAUGUGACUCGCAAUCCUCAAGAGAAGUUGGAGCUCCAUCUUUUCAUGCUCUCCGGAGUGCCAGAUGCUGUGUUUGAUCUCACUGAUUUGGAAAUCCUCAAGUUAGAAUUAAUCCCAGAGGCCAGGAUAAUAGCGAAGAUCUCACAAAUGAUAAACCUCCAGGAGCUGCACUUCUAUCACUGUCCGGCCAAAGUUGAACAGACUGCUUUCAUUUUUCUUCGCGACCAACUCCGGUGCCUUCAUGUCAAAUUUACAGAUGUCGCUGAGAUUCCAAGCUGGGUUUACUUGUUGAAGAAUUUAAGGGAGCUGUACUUGGUUGGUAACUUGAACUCUGAAAACAACAAAAUGAUCGGACUCGAGUCUCUGCGAGACCUCAGGCACUUACAUACUCUGCAUCUCAAAAGCAACCUCACAAAGAUCCCUACAAACAUAACGGAUCUGUCUCCGCAUCUGAUCAAGUUGGUCAUUCAUAAUGACGGUACGAAACUCUUAGUGCUGAAUAGUUUGAAGAAAAUAAUGAAUCUCGCCGAACUGGAGCUUCUCAACUGUGAGCUGGAGCGAAUCCCCCACGCUAUUUUCAGUUUGAACAACCUUCAGGAACUGGAUUUAAAAUCCAACAACAUCCGCACCAUAGAGGAGAUCAUCAGCUUUCAGCACCUCAAGAGACUGACGUGCCUCAAACUUUGGCACAAUAAGAUCAUCACCAUUCCAUUGUCAAUUAGCCACGUCAAAAACCUUGAGUCGCUCUAUCUGUCACACAACAAGCUUGAGUCCCUACCCGCAUCGUUAUUCACCCUUCUCAAAUUGAGGUACCUCGAUGUUAGCCACAACUCUAUAGCGGUAAUACCACCGGAGGCUGGCUUCCUGCAGAACCUCCAACAUUUUGCCAUUGCUGGCAACAAAGUCGAGGUAGUUCCCAAGCAACUGUUCAAGUGCAACAAACUGAGGACCUUAUGUCUCAGCCACAACUGUAUCUCCUCCAUUCCGGAGAAAAUCGGCCAACUCUCGCAGCUGACACAUCUGGAACUGAAGGGAAACUGUCUGGAUCGUCUCCCGGCUCAGCUCGGUCAGUGCGGCCUGCUGCGCAGGAGCUGCCUGAUUUUGGAGGAUCAUCUCUUUGACUCCCUCCCCAUGGAGGUCAAAGAGAGCAUCAAUCAGGAAUCUAGUGUUUCUUUUCAAAAUGGCUGUAAGUGUCUAAGUGAUGGACGGUAGUCACACCCUACGUGGCAUCAAAUGUCAUCAUAGGUGUAAAAAAGUAUUUUUUUUUAAUCAUGCCAUUAGAAACAGUAUUUGGGCAGCACGGUGGCGCAGUGGUUAGUGCUUUCGCCUCAUAGCAAGAAGGUCCCAGGUUCGAUCCCUUUCUGUGUGGAGUUUACAUGUUCUCCCUGUAUUUGCGUGCGUUUCCUCCGGGUUCUCCGGUUUCCUCCCACCACCAGAACAUGUAUUGCAUCAGGAAGGGCAUCCAGGGUAAAACCUAUGCCAAAUCAAUGUGAUCAAUGAUCCGCUGUGGUGACCCUUAAGGGGAGCAGCCGAAAGAUGAACAACAACAACAACCAUUAGGAACAGCAGUUCCGGGUACGGUAUUGGUACGCUUCAUGAUGUUUUAACAACUUAUAAAAUGGACAAACCACAGCACAGACAAGGUCGGUACCACUGGAGACAUUUUAGAUGAACUCAAGAAAUGAUCAUGUCUAUUUAUAUUUUUAUUUUUUAUUUUUUGUUUUUAGUUAGUGGAGGUGCAUAGUAGCAGUUAAUCACUCUGCUUAUAUUUUUUACCUUUUGUAUGCAAUGGAUCUAUGUAAAUUUGUAUAAUUUUGAAACAAUCCCCCUUUUUAUCUUCGUGACUUCAUUUUAUUAUCCUCAAAUUAACUAGAUAGGCCUACACUUGAUUGACCUCAACUUAAAGGUGCAGUGUGUAGGAUUCGGGGGCAUCUAGUGGUGAGGUUGCAUAAUGCAACCAACUGAAGGUUCUCCCGUGUGCCAAGCGUGUAGGAGAAUUACGGUGGCCGAUGCGAAAACAUACUUAUUGAUAUUAUAUUCCAUUUCUGCCAAUAGAUCUCCCUAAAUGCUACACACUGUUCCUUUAAAAGGGACGGUUCACUCAAAUUACAAAAAAAAACUUCUCACUGUCCUGUAAUGGUUUCUGGCCUACAUUUCUAAAUUUCUGCCUCCACCCGAAUAAAAUGGAUAGAAGUAGAAUUUGGUGCUCACAGCAUUGAAAUAUUACAUCUGAAAAAAUUCAACAGCAACGUUUCUUUCCAGUAACAGUGUCCAGAUUACUCUGGCUAAGACCUUGCAGUUUUUAUUACACCUACAUUUUACCAGAGAAAUAUUCUUAGUGAAACCUGUUUACAGCAAGUGUGUUGAUUAUCCAGAGUGACUGGGACGUUGCUUCAGGAAGGAGAUGUUACUGUUGAAAUGUUCAAGGCUGUACGGCACCGUACACAAGAUUCUAUUCCCCUCAAUUGUUAUUGGGAUGGAGGCGGAAAUCUCAGGUAUGGAUAUCUCAAAACUUGAACUAAUAAAACCAAAACUACUAAGUGAGCAAAUAUGUUUUUUUUUCUGUUAUUUGGGUGAACUGACCCCUUUAAAAAAAAAAAAAAAAUCAGCUCAAGGUCCAGUUGCCAGCUUCGCCCAUAUGCUCAUAUACAGGCAAAAUGACAAUUGGGCAAGCUCUCUCCGCUGAGGAAGACUCAGGAAGCUCCAGAAAAAAGAUAGUAAGUGGACCUUGAGUUAAGAUUAUUACUUCCACUACUGCUUCCAAGGUCAAGACCAACUAUUUUACUCUACCACUACAGUAUAGACCACAAACAAUGACAUAUGCUGCAAACACAAAUUGAAGAACUGUGUAGGUAUAACCUAGUAUUGUUAUUAACCUUAUGCAUUCCAAUUUGAAUAUACUUGUAAUACAUUUUACUCUCCAAAAUGAUGACGGUUCCCAUCAGAUCCUUUUCUCUACUUCUUGAAAAGUCUUGAAUCAUGCCAUUAUUUUUUGAUACACUUGAUUUGUUUUUCUAAGCAGUAGGCAGUAGAGUGUUUCCUUCGUUGUGGACAGUCCAGCCAACCCACAAUGACGCUUUUCAUUAGUUGUACUUUUGCUCACGUUUAUUUCAUUCUUGUACACAGUGUUAUUUGUCAUGCAUUUUGUGUGCUCUUUGUAUGUAUUUAUGAUCUCAUCGUCUUUUAUCUUUUCCUCUCUCUGCACAGCACUUUGUAAACCUGGUUUUAUGUGCUACACAAUUAAAAGAAUGACUUAUUA